GGAUUUCUUGUGGCCUUUGUCCCUUUGUCAUCGCUCCAUGUGCUACUUGUGUUUUUCGCUAUGGCGGCGGGAAAGGGGCUGUCAAUUAGACUUGAUGUGCUUGCGAUUUGUCGUUUUUGAGUGCCCAGCGUUUGGUUCGAAACAAUCGGGCCGUAAUCCUCGGUCGCAGAACAACACGUGCAAGAAUUAAGGGGACCCAGGAUAGCCUGCUGUUGUGCACGUGCCACAACUCUGUCUGACCCUGCAUUGGCUUGCUGAGCCAACAACAAUUGACCAAUGGUUUUCGAGCUGGAGGUGUGUGUGGACUCUGUGGCGUCGGCACUAACUGCUGCCGAGUCUGGGGCCACGCGACUGGAGCUGUGUGCUGGCCUGGCUGUUGGAGGACUCACUCCUAGCUUUGGCUUGUUCCAGACCAUCCGGCAGCGAGUGCCCCUGCCAAUCAUGGUGCUGGUGCGGCCGAGGGCUGGUGACUUCUGCUACACGGCCGAGGAAGUCGAGGCCAUGGUGACUGACAUCACCCUGUUCCGCCAGAAUGGCGCACACGGCUUUGUCAUAGGGGCACUCACCAGGGAAGGCAAUGUCGACAUGCACACUUGCCAGCGGCUUCUUGCUGCUGCUGGUCCCCAGGCAGAUACAACCUUCCACAGAGCGUUUGAUGUGGCUCGGGAUCCCCAGACUGCCCUGGAACAGGUGAUUGAGCUCGGGUUUCGACGUCUACUGACCAGUGGCCAAGCUGCAAGCGUGGAGCACGGCUUGGAGCUGCUUGCUAGGCUUGCUAACCAGGCCAAGGGCCGGAUACAGCUGAUGCCAGGAGGAGGAGUCAGCGAAUCCAAUCUGGCCCACCUACUGCACGCGACUGGAGUCCGGUCCGUACAUGCCUCCGCGAGCGAGCCCGUCCCCACCGCAACACCGUCCGCCCUGUCGUUUGGAGAUCAGCGGGUUUGCAGCGCCGCUCGCGUGCGCUCCCUUCUGGCCAUCGUCUACGCACAGGGUCACCUGUAGACGAGCCACUUGGAGCCGACGUGGCCACCAAAGAGGUUGUCUUUCAAGGCUCGUGCAGUGGUCGUAGGCUAUGCGUGCCCGAUGCUUUGGAACGCAGUUUCCUGCAGACUGCAGUCGUCGAACCUGUAUGUCAUUGUGGGCAGCAUGUAUGGAUUUCCACUGGCUCGAGCAACAUCUUUAUGGAGACUCCAUUUUGUUCAUUGAAUCGAGAUAUCGAGAUUGUGAAGUGAAACCUUGUUUAGGUUUGCAGGGUCUUGAGGAUAUGUCUGAAUUAUUUGAUGGACCAAGAUAACAGCAAAGGCUUGCCACGCUGGUAUGCUUUUACCGGACAAAUUUCUCGUCUUUGUUUGUUGUUUAUACUAAAUGUGCACAAGAACUGCCACUGUUGUUGUAAUCGCAUGGAAGCAAAUAAGUGUUCACAUGGCGGCGGGAGAAGCUUUCGUAAAGUGAGCAGCAGAAACGCUACGGGAGUCUCGCAACUUUCUUUGCAGCGUGACAUGCGCAACUCGUUCGCGAGUUGCUUGUUGACCGAGUUGACGGGCUUUGGAUAAUGUAUUGUCGUUGUAGCGAAGUUGAGAAACAGCUUGCAAGUCUCCAGCCAUCUCAUAUUCAAACGGUUCCUGCUAUAUAUGUUGAAUUGUGUGCCUCUUACGAGUUUGAAAAGAAAAAAAAAAAGACGAAACUUCUCGCCUUCGGCUGCAACGAUACGGCGACUUUGGAGACCUGAUAGCCGCAUGAGCAACACAGGGUUGUACAGAGCGUGAAAGGCACGUAAAAAAAAAAAAAAAGAAAACGCUAAGCAUUCCCGCCAUGGUUCACACAGCUACUUCCCAACUGUGGCGUUAAAUCUUUUGCCCACUGUAUCAGUGAAAAUGCGAGUAUACAGAUUUUGGUCCAGCGCAGUUCCUCGACAGCUUGUCAAGCAAUGGAAGUUUUCUUAUUCCUAAGAUGGGUGCAGUGAGAAUUAAUGAGCGUUUGAUGUAAACUGAUGUAAUGCAUGUUUGCCUGGACUGGAUGGCAAAUCGUUUGUUACCUAAUUAUAUAAUGAGGUUCUACACUGUAAUUUGCUUGUUUUAUUAAUUAAUUUACAGUUUUAGUGAUUUUUUACACCUAUUAAAUUCAACCAGACCUCUCAGCCUAACAAUAUCGGGCCUUUUUUUUUUUUUUUUGAUAUAAUAGUGCUGGACAAGGACCCCCUUUUCAGUUUCUGGCAAACGAAAGGAACGUUGAGCUAGAAACGUGGCUGCGUUUCUCUGUAGCAAAUAACCAAUAAGCACUAUUAUGGCAAUCACUUGUGACUUGCCACCUUCAUGAAUCCAAAUUUGAUGUUCAGGGCAUCCUCUAAGUAUAGCGAUGCAAACGGAAUACUGUGUUACACCAUUACAUGUACACAACAAGCACUGCCGAAACACUAGUUUGGUUUACGUAAGUGUUUGGUCAACUUCAAGCUUGUCAGCGAAUCGCGUUUGUCUUAUUGCCAGUAUGUUUUAUUGCGAUAGCAAUUAUAUGGACAAUCUCGGCGGGUUUUUGCCGUCACCGUCAUGUCCUUCCAGUAGGAAGUCCAAAUUGAUAAGAUCCCCCGCGUAUUGUAACUGUAGCUCUAUAAUCUAACGAUGCAUGCUAUGGCUUUUAAAAGCCAGCAAGCACGUAAGCAAGUCAUAACUGCAGUGGGUCAUAAGCCUGUAAUGGUAUAUCGGCUUAUUUAUGUGCAAAAGCUGAAAUCUGGCAAACCAGGUGGCUGCGCUGUUCCUUCCUUUUUUUCUUGUCCAUCCUGGCUUGGCCGUGCUACUUACCAGCUCAUCACUUGUUGCGCACCGAGCUGGAAAAGCAUGCUCAAAUUCUGUUGUUCCGUGCCAAAUUGUACAGUAUCAAUAUUCAGAGCGCAGCAUGCUAUGUUGAUAGUGUAUACACUUAGAAUACUUUUGCGUUGUGGUUUUGAGAGGCAGUUUUCCCAAUUAUGUACUGAAGAGAGGCAAAGCAGUGGUAGUGGAAGCAGAGCUUUUGAAGGCAACAUGCGCAGAGGAAGGAAUGAAACUAGGGUGUGCCAUCACAAAUCGAUGCCUUUUCCGAUGCCAAUGCCAUUCGUGCUUGCUCAUUGGCCAGACUGACCGUCGGUGUGACCAAUGAGCAAUCGCGAAAAGUGUAGCAUCGGAAAAUGCAUCGCUGCGCGAUAACACCCCAGGAUCCCUGGGAGCGUUGCGCAUGACUGACUAGAUCCAACAGAUAAGCCCAAUACACAAUCGUAGCAGAACCCGAGGCAAGUCUUAUUGCUGACGCUUUGCGGAGCAGACCUAUGGCAAAGCAGCUAGACAGUCUUGGCCAGUACACUGAGAUCAUGCAUUGAGCUGAGAUUGCAAGGGAAAAAAGAUGGCAGGAAUAACUUUGCAAUGAGCUUGCCAGCCAACUUUACGCUCCCGCCUAGUUAACUUACUGCGUCCAUUGCCAAAUGAUCCCAUUUCAAAGCGACGCUACUCUGCUGCCAGCAGCUGGGUGGGAUGUGGGCACAUUGUUCUUCGUAUUUCGUUUGCAGAGGUUUUGUUGAUGCCACUCUUUACUGUGUGCUAUUUUGUAUGUGUAUAUAUGUGUGCUGUAUGUGGUAUUUUCGACUGCCAACUACUACUACUACAUUGCUAUCCCAAUGGUUUUGUUGGUUGUAAAAACUGCAGUGUAGCAGAAAAGCACAGGUUUUUAAAAAUGUGCAAACCAAUUGCAGCAACUCCAAGAGAUGCACAUUACAGUAUUCUCUUGGGGGCUUUUUACGAGGAUGUACUAUGGUACGCGAAGUGAUUUAACCUGCCAAAGUAUACCUGCAGUAUGUGUGUUCAAUAAAGUUUUGCUCACCUUGCAA